GUGACUUGUUACGACACUUACCUAGGAGUUGGCAUCUAUCACCGUCAUCCCUCUUGCUUCACUUCCAUCAUGGCCGGCGCACUACCAAACGCAAAGAGGGACCUGCCCAAGAUCAGGGAUGAAGACCGUGAAUCGCGUUUCGGUCAAGUCUUUGGUGUCUCCGGUCCUGUGGUCAUCGCGGAGAACAUGACCGGGUCGGCCAUGUAUGAAUUGGUGCGCGUCGGGCACGAUGAACUAGUCGGAGAGGUCAUUCGUAUCGAUGCGGACAAGGCGACGAUUCAAGUGUACGAGGAGACGUCAGGAGUAACAGUAGGAGACCCUGUGCUACGAACAGGGAAGCCGCUGAGUGUUGAGCUCGGUCCAGGUCUGAUGGGUAACAUCGUCGAUGGAAUCCAACGACCGCUUCGUUCCAUCCAAGAACUCUCGAAAUCCAUCUAUAUACCCCGUGGAAUUAAUACCACUGCCCUGGAUCGGUCGUUGAAGUGGGACUUCUCACCAGUGAACUAUAAAGUCGGCGAUCACAUAACGGGUGGUGAUAUCUUCGGUCGGGUAUAUGAAAACUCGCUAGUAGAUAACCACAAGAUUAUGUUAGGGCCCAGAGCCCUCGGUACCAUCACACACAUCGCCGAGAAAGGCAGCUAUGCCGUGGAUGACGUCGUGUUGGAGACAGAGUUCGAAGGAAAGAAGACUCAGCACACGAUGAUGCAGCUCUGGCCAGUACGAGCACCCCGGCCUGUAUCAGAGAAACAUACAGCCGAUUAUCCUCUCACUACUGGUCAAAGAAUUCUGGACGCUCUCUUCCCCUGUGUUCAAGGCGGGACAACUGCCAUUCCCGGUGCUUUCGGAUGUGGAAAGACUGUCAUUUCACAAGCUAUCUCCAAGUUCUCCAACAGCGACAUUAUCAUCUAUGUUGGGUGUGGCGAACGUGGUAACGAAAUGGCGGAAGUCUUGAUGGAUUUCCCGGAGUUAACCAUGGAAGUUGGCAACCGUCAAGAACCCAUUAUGAAGCGGACUACCUUGGUCGCGAAUACGUCGAAUAUGCCUGUGGCUGCUCGUGAAGCUUCCAUUUACACCGGUAUCACCCUCGCCGAGUACUUCCGUGACCAGGGUACGAACGUGUCGAUGAUGGCGGACUCGACGUCGCGUUGGGCCGAGGCACUUCGUGAAAUCUCUGGUCGUUUGGCGGAGAUGCCCGCAGAUUCCGGUUAUCCUGCGUACCUUGGAACGAAACUGGCCAGUUUCUACGAGCGUGCAGGCAAAGUCACAUGUCUAGGUAAUCCUGUCAGGCAGGGUACUGUCUCGAUUGUUGGCGCCGUCUCUCCCCCCGGCGGUGAUAUGUCAGAUCCUGUCACGUCCGCCACUCUCGGUAUCGUGCAGGUGUUCUGGGGCCUCGAUAAGAAGUUGGCACAGCGAAAGCACUUUCCCUCUGUCAACUGGAGUCAGUCUUACUCCAAGUACACCAAGGUCCUCGAACCCCAUUACGAAGCGACUGAGCCCGGCUUCGUGGAGUUGCGUAUGAAAGCCAAAGAGAUUCUUCAGAAGGAAGAGGAUCUCGCAGAAAUUGUCCAGCUCGUCGGCAAGAGUGCGCUUGGCGAGAACGACAAGAUCACCCUGGAAGUGGCUCGCAUGCUUAAGGAUGACUUCUUGCAGCAAAAUGGCAUGAGCGAGUAUGACCGGUACUGUCCCUUCUAUAAGACCAGUGCAAUGCUGCGGAAUUUCGUGGCGUUCCACGAUACGGCUGUGAAGCUCGUCACCACCACGGAUAUGACCUUUGCGAGGGUCAGGGACUCUGCUAGUGAUCUAAUGUUCAAGCUCUCGCAGAUGAAGUUUGAGUCUCCUUCACAGGGAGAAGAACCCAUUAGGCAGAAGCUUGAUGCGCUGUAUAACGAGAUUCAGGAGAAGUUCAGACAGAUGGCUGAGUAGUCGUGCUCCGGAGGCUGUGUGUCUAGAAUUCAAUAUUAAUGACAUGUAAUGCAUCACGCCUCUCGAGCUACAUAGAGGGUUGUUCCAAGCCAUUGGC